GCUAGCUCUCAGGAGUCAGUUCUCUCCUGCCGUCUUUAGCGAACAGGUGAUGGAGCUCAGGUAUCAGGUCUGGGCAUCAGUACCUCCGACUGCUGAGCUGACCCAUCAGCCAUAAGUUGUAUUUUGCUCAUAGGGAAUCAAUCAUGUCAGGAUAGACACUUCCCUGGAGAUUUUGCUGCAGUGAGGUGAUAAAGUCCUUAUGAGCAGGCCUCCAUUUUCAGAAAUGAACUCAAACUGAGAGCAGUGAGGUGGUGCUCCCAAAGGCUCAUCAUUUGUGUCCCUCGCCAGCCUGCUGCAAAGCACCUGCUCCUGUCAUGUUAGCCGAACCCAAAGCUCAUUUCGUUAAGAAGGUCACCUUUUAUUGCAUUCUCCCAAGGUGAUAAGGAAGGCUUGGGUGGUUAAACAGCUGUGUGCAGUGGCCUCCUGAUUGGUUUCCUGUUAGAGUGCCAGGGAAGCUGGGAACAGCCCAGUCUGUCUACAGAUGCCUCCAGGAAAAAAGCCAGCAGCUUUUGUCUUCUAUGUAGACUUCUAGUUAUUUCCCCAAGUUCAGAGCAUUCUCUUCAGCCUGGAUUCACAGCUCAGUCUGUCACCUGUGCUACAUUUGGAAACUACUUCUGGGCUCUGCCUCUAAAGUGCUCAGUGGGUCUAUCUCGGCCUAGGGUGGCCAUUUAUUUACGCUUUUCAGGCCUCCCGGUGACUGAUGCCUAGCCAUUGUUGAGGAGCAAUGCCUACAGAUAGAUGGCCAGGCAGUAGGGAUUGUCCCUGGUCUGGCCUGACCUUCCCUUCUGACUCAGAUUCAGACAACUUUGCAUGUGGGCUGAGGCCAGUGACCGAUCGAGAUUCCCUUUGUAGUCCUGUGUAAGGUUUACAGUGCCCACAGCCACCAAAGAAUCAAAUGUUCCUUUCCCAUCUUAAUGUCUGGGCAUCACUGGGCCUGGUGACCAGAAGAUCAUGAAACUAUCCAAAAUCCAAACAGUAGUUCCCAGACAGGUGUGUUGUGUACUGUGGGCCAGUGCUCUGGGAGGUGGGGGGAAAGUAUGAAAUCAGGCUGCAGAGUCUUACAGGAUUCUGGACAUUUCAGAGGUGGCCAGAGCCACUGUUCUCUGUGCAGACUUCUAGAUUCUGUACCACAGAGGUCUGGAAAUCCAGAUGUCCUUUUCUUUCCUCCUCCCUAGACCCUCCUGCCCCUCCCCCAUCCUACAAUGUGUUCCCUCAGAAUGCUGCUCUCUUUAGUGAUAGUAUGGAAAUAACUCUCAUUUAUUGUAUACCUACCAAGUAGCAAGCAUUGAACUAAGUUCUCUCCAGUUUCUUGGGAUGCUGAAGCAGGAGACUUGUUUGAGCCCAGGAGUUAAAGAUUAGGCUGGACAACAUACUAAGACCCUCAAAAAAGAAGGGGGGCCAAGGGGCCGCAGGAAUUCAGACCCAUCCCUGUAUUCCUGUAUGUCCUUGUUCGACGGACCAAAAUAUGAGUCCCAAGAAGAUGGGCAGGAUCACCAGGAAAGCCAGAAGAGGCCCAGCAAGGCUGGUGUACAGCCUGAGCCUCAAAGGAGCCAUUGUGACCUUAUCCAGCCUGGGAUCUGUCAGCUGAGACAGUGGCAGCCCUCGACAUUGCCUGGCGCCGUCAUCAGACUCACAGGGGAAAGACCCGAACAGUGCUGAGAGGUGACUUGCAACACAGCCAGGUUGUGUUUGGGGGCCUCAGUUGAGUUCUGCAACACAGCCAUCGUUCCCUUCGGUGAAUUAAAAAAAACAAACAAACAAAAAAACAAGUGGAGUGAGGAUUGCUAUCGUGGCACCAAAGGGAGGGCCAGCUCCUGGAAUUCAGACCCUUCCCUGUAUUCCUGUAUUCCUUCUUGUCUCAGCAGCGGUAUCCUUGACGACGCUGUUAGAACUGUCUGCAGGCACAGUGUCUGUGGUAUUGAUGGCAUUCCAUGAGGGCAGGCUGGGGCUGGUCUUUCCUGAUGAGAUACAGCUGGACCAACACAGCUCACCCCAGGAGGAAAGCAAGUAUUGGGCCUGCCUCCCACCACCACCCACUGGUGUACUCGGCUUCCACUUCCCAGACUCUAAUUUCUGCCCUGCCUGUCUCUACCUACUUUCUGCCCUCUUCUGUAAAUCUCUGACAGGCCUUCCAGGAGCCAGAUGAGACCAGGGAUAGUUUUCAGUUCAAUGUCCUAUCUACUCUUGAGAGUAGGUCUGUGAAAAUCGUGUUCCAGUCAGGGGAGCUGGACCAAGCCUCCUGGGUGCCUCUACUGCAGGACUUCUCAAAGCCUUCAUGGUGUGUUUGCUGACCCUUAGGAAGGGAACUGGCAGGGAGUGCUCCUCAGAUGUACUGAAUCCUAAGGAAAGCUGAUGUCUCCUAGGAGAAUCCCCAAGUCUAGUUUAAGAGCAAGUCUUGCUGCUUUUGUUUAAGCCAGCUAACUUAGUUUCUCUGAACCUCAGCUUUCUUCCUUUUUAAAAUUAGCAUGAUGUGAUGCCCGAAGCAUGAGCACUGGGGAGAUAAGGAACCUGUAGAUGCAGAUUGACAAGCUUGGGAAGACUCAGCUAGCUGUCCUUUUGUUGUCCAGCCUGGUGGCCAGAGGCUGAAGAACCUGGAGCUCACUGCUGUGGAAGGAUCUGACGUCCACGUGAGGAUGCUGGCAGCCCCUAUCAAUCCAUCUGACAUAAAUAUGAUCCAAGGGAACUAUGGCCUCCUUCCCAAGCUGCCUGCUGUUGGAGGGAACGAAGGCGUUGGGCAGGUGAUAGCGGUGGGCAGCAGUGUGUCUGCAUUGAAGCCAGGAGAUUGGGUGAUCCCAGCAAAUGCGGGUUUGGGAACCUGGCGGACUGAGGCGGUGUUCAGUGAGGAAGCACUGAUUGGAAUCCCUAAGGACAUUCCUCUCCAGAGCGCUGCCACCCUAGGUGUCAACCCCUGCACAGCCUACAGGAUGUUGGUGGACUUUGAACAGCUGCAGCCAGGGGACUCUGUCAUCCAGAAUGCAUCCAACAGUGGAGUGGGCCAAGCAGUCAUUCAGAUCGCCUCAGCCCUUCGCCUAAAGACCAUCAACGUUGUCCGAGACAGACCCGACAUCAAGAAGCUAACUGACAGACUGAAGGAUCUAGGAGCUGAUUAUGUCCUCACAGAGGAAGAGCUAAGGAUGCCCGAGACAAAAACCAUCUUCAAGGACCUGCCGCUGCCCCGAUUGGCUCUCAACUGUGUUGGUGGGAAGAGUUCUACAGAGCUGCUCCGGCACCUAGCGCCCGGAGGAACCAUGGUGACCUAUGGGGGAAUGGCCAAACAGCCUGUAACAGCCUCUGUGAGUCUGCUCAUUUUUAAGGACCUCAAACUUCGGGGCUUUUGGUUGUCCCAGUGGAAGAAGAACCACAGUCCAGAUGAGUUCAAGGAGCUGAUUCUCACUCUCUGCAACCUCAUCCGCCAAGGCCGGCUCACAGCCCCAUCCUGUUCUGAGGUUCCACUGCAGGGCUACCAGCAGGCUUUGGAAGCCUCCAUGAAGCCUUUUGUGUCUUCGAAGCAGAUUCUCACCAUGUGAUUGCUCCAGAGGACCAGGAGGAAAGCAGGAGAGGCAAGACUGGCUGUCUGCUGGCCCCUCCAUGAGAACCCCAGCCUUCCCAGACUGCCUCACCCAUAUUGUCUCUUCCUACCAGGAGGGUGGGGGACCAACUCUAGGCUCCCUAAUAAACCCUUAACUUCCCGAGUGGAGGAUGAAGAGUA